AUGGACGACUGUGCCACUCAUAUGGAGAAGAAUAUGGUACCCAACUGUGAUCCACUUUACUGGACAUACUUCACUCGCUCCAUGCUAGCCUUGCAAGCCAUAGAAUAUGCUCUAAUUAAUAUCGGAGGUGACAUGGUACAACAGUGGAUAUCCAUGGAUACUUGUAUAAAACCACUGAACAUGACAAAACUGAUACCUCCUCUUCAAUGCAAGGAAACAACUGCCUACACACAUUGCCUGGAGAAGUUCACCGACAUGUCUAAUUCAAGCACAAUUGGAUAUGGACCCUUCGAGCAAACAGAUCAUCAAGAAGCUCUACUUCAAAAUGGACUACCUUUCCUUAAACACAUUGUAUCUCACAUCAAGCUGAACGUUUCUCGGGUAUUCCAGAAUGUACGUAUUGAUCACCGUUGA